AUGGGGGCUUUACUAUAUCUGAGCUUUGUCGCCGUGCUCUGGCCAGGCGAGCUCCUGGCCUUGACCGCCGCCGACGUGCUGUUGCCGAGCGCUCUGAUCUCAAGCAGGCCCCGGGCGCAUGUCAGGAUCAAGCUGCCCAAGACACGACGCCUGGCGGCCCGCCGCCAGCACGAUCGUUUCGACGAGCCGGUGCUGAUCGAGCUGCUAGAGGCAUGGUUGCUGGGUAUUCUUGGGCAGCAGCAGCUGAGGGCCCGCAGUGCGUACCAGUUUCGGCAGGCGCACGAUGCUCUAGUGUCUCAUUUGGGCGUGCCCGCCAGCAACGGUGGUCACGCCUGCCAGCCAUGGCGGCGCCACUUCUUUCUUUGA